CUAACUUGAGAGUGGAAGAAUUGUGAAAGAUAUAAACCCCAAUACACUACGCACAAUUCUGCGUUCAAUCGUUCAUCACUUCUGGAGACAGCGUUCAAAAUGGCUUUGCCGAAUCAGCAAACUGUUGAUUACCCUAGUUUCAAGCUUGUAAUUGUUGGCGAUGGUGGAACUGGUAAAACCACAUUUGUAAAGAGACAUUUGACUGGAGAAUUUGAGAAGAAAUACGAACCAACCAUUGGCGUUGAAGUACACCCGUUGGAUUUCUUCACCAACUGUGGGAAAAUCCGGUUUUACUGCUGGGACACAGCCGGUCAGGAAAAGUUUGGUGGCCUUCGAGAUGGAUAUUACAUCCAUGGUCAAUGUGCAAUCAUCAUGUUUGAUGUGACAGCAAGAUUGACAUACAAGAACGUUCCAACAUGGCAUCGGGAUCUUUGCAGGGUUUGUGAGAACAUUCCAAUAGUAUUAUGUGGAAACAAAGUUGAUGUGAAGAAUCGUCAAGUGAAGGCAAAACAAGUGACUUUUCACAGAAAGAAGAAUUUGCAAUAUUAUGAAAUUUCUGCAAAGAGUAAUUACAAUUUCGAGAAGCCUUUCCUCUAUCUUGCCAGGAAACUUGCUGGUGAUCCAAAUUUGCAUUUUGUGGAGUCUCCUGCUCUUGCUCCCCCAGAAGUGCAAAUUGAUAUGGCUGCUCAACAACAGCAUGAGGCAGAGCUUCUUCAAGCUGCAAGCCAGCCUCUUCCAGAUGACGAUGAUGAUGCUUUUGAGUAGAUUAAAAUGUUUUUAGGGAUAAUAUGAAUUUUACUCAUUUGUUUGUGAGGGGAAAAGGUUGAGUUAAAUUUUGGUUUUAGAAUGAGUUUGUUGAUGUAAUGUUACCACCUUAUUUUUGUUAACAAUACGUUUGGGUUUAAUACAUGAUUC